CGUUCUCAUCCUCGACGGCGGCUCCGAGUCCGGCCCCUUCCUUCCCGCGCUCCCUCGCCCACCCUCCAGGCCCCUCAUGAGGGUGACCGUACCGGGUCCGGCGGCGCCCGCCGCCCCCGCGAACGCCCGCGAGCCCUCGACGCCCGGCGGCAGCGCAGCCGUCGAGGCCGCUUCAGGGGCCGCGGUGCCGGGCUCGGUGCAGUUGGCGCUGAGCGUCCUGCACGCCCUGCUCUACGCCGCGCUCUUUGCCUUUGCCUACCUGCAGCUGUGGCGCCUGCUGCUCUACCGCGAGCGGCGGCUGAGUUACCAGAGCCUCUGCCUCUUCCUCUGCCUGCUGUGGGCAGCGCUCCGGACCACCCUGUUCUCCGCCGCCUUCUCGCUCAGCGGCUCCCUGCCCCUGCUCCGGCCGCCCGCUCACCUGCACUUCUUCCCCCACUGGCUGCUCUACUGCUUCCCCUCCUGUCUCCAGUUCUGCACGCUCUGUCUGCUCAACCUGUACCUGGCGGAGGUUGUAUGUAAAGUCAGAUGUGCCACCGAACUUGACAGACACAAAAUUCUACUGCAUUUGGGCUUUAUAUUGGCAAACCUUCUCUUUUUAGUGGUGAACUUGACUUGUGCGAUGCUAGUCCAUGGAGAUGUCCCAGAAAAUCAAUUGAAAUGGACUGUGUUUGUUCGAGCAUUAAUUAAUGAUAGCUUGUUUAUUAUUUGUGCCAUCUCUUUAGUUAGUUACAUAUGCAAAAUUACAAAAAUGUCAUCAGCAAAUGUCUACCUCGAAUCCAAGGGCAUGUCUCUGUGCCAGACUGUGGUCGUGGGCUCUGUUGUCAUCCUUCUCUACUGUUCCAGAGCUUGUUAUAAUUUGGUGGUGAUCGCCAUAUCUCAGGACACAUUAGAAAGUCCAUUUAAUUAUGGUUGGGAUAAUCUGUCAGACAAGGCCCACGUAGAAGACGUAAGUGGAGAAGAGUACAUAGUGUUUGGAAUGGUCCUCUUUCUGUGGGAACAUGUGCCAGCCUGGUCAGUGGUCCUCUUUUUCCGGGCACAGAGACUAAACCAGAAUUUGGCACCUGAUGGCAUGAUAAACAGUCACAGUUACAGUUCCAGAGCUUACUUCUUUGACAAUCCACGACGCUACGAUAGCGAUGAUGACUUGCCAAGACUGGGAAGUUCAAGAGAAGGAAGUUUAUCAAAUCCACAAAGCUUGGGCUGGUAUGGCACCAUGACGGGGUGCGGCGGCAGCAGUUACACAGUCACCCCCCACCUGAAUGGACCGAUGACAGACACUGCUCCUUUGCUCUUUACUUGUAGUAAUUUGGAUAUGAACAACCACCAUAGCUUAUAUGUAACACCACAAAACUGACAGCGUUAUCAAAUUGUGAUUCUUGAAUUGUUUUUCAUAAAUGUGUAUAUGCAACAUGUUCCAAUGCCAUCUACAUAAGCAUUCCACUAUCUGUUGCAAAUGACAACAACAUCUGGACAUGUGGCUGGGUCUGGUGGAGAAUACAACUAUGACUGUUGGUCGCUGCACAGUAACACGAAGCAAGACGGAAAGGCCGGGAGUAAUGAGAGUAGAUCUGAAGGCGCUUGAUGGCCUCCCAGCAUGUUUCCGUGGGGGCAUCAAGUGCAGACUGCGAAUUUGCACUUUUACCUUUGUUUUCAAAGAGUACACUGCAGUCCCCGAAGUCAUACUCCAGCGUUCACCCUGGAACAUUACUGUA